GGAUUAUGUACUUCACACAAGAUAGCAGAUGCAUUAUCAGCAAUUAUGUUUAUGAAAUUUUGGGCAACUAUUAGUCGUGGAGAUCAUAGCAAUUUGGUUUAUCCCCAAUUCAGUUCGGCCAACAUCUUUCCCCCUACACUUAAUCCCAAUACCAAUCACCACCAGCACGGCGUUGGCACUGCAAAAAACAAGAUCAUUGCAAAGAGCUUCGUGUUUAGUGACUCCGCCAUCUCUACUCUUAAAGCCAAAUAUACCCCCAUCACCACCACCACCACCACCACCACUACUGUCACUGCCAACAACAAAACCAUACAUAAUAAUCCAACUCGUGUUGAGGCACUUUCUACUUUUAUAUGGUGUAGACAUAAGGCCGCCACUCGAGGAGAGGCAGUAUGUGGAGAAGGAAUUAGAUACCUAGUGGUUCAAGGGGUGAACUUGCGCACGAGACUCAAUCCACCUUUACCUAAUUCAUAUUAUGGUAACCUUAGUCGAUUUUCCAUAGCAAUAUUAGCACCACCGGCAUUGGAAAAAGGCGCUAUAGGAGAGGAUCAUGGUAGCUUGGUCACUCAGAUGAGAGAUGGGAUAAGAAAAGUUAAUAGCGAUUAUGUAAGGAAACUCCAAGAGGGUGGUGGUGGUGGUGGUAUGGGGGGCUUGAAUUCCAAGAAAGAGGAGGGUGGUAAUAAAGGAGGAGGAGGAGGUGGUGGAGAGGCAGUGUUUACUUUUAUGUUUUCGAGCAUAGCUAGGUUCCCGCUAUAUGAAACUGAUUUUGGAUGGGGAAGGCCUGUAUGGGUGACUAUGGGUGUAGUAAAUCUUGAUAAUGUGGUUGCUUUCUUUCCUACUAAAUCAGGUGAUGGCAUAGAAGCAUUGAUUUGUAUGAAUAAGGGUGAUCUGGUGAAACUUGAAACUGAUAAAGAGUUCCUCUCAUUUGUUUCCAAUCCUAAAUUUCCACUUCUCAGCUCCCUAUAAAUUUUGUGUAAUUUCUUACUAUUACAUGAUGUUGAGAAUAUAAUAUAAAUAAUAAAGUUGUACUACUCUCCAAUAAAGCAUAGCAUCUCAGUUUAGUUGUUGACGGUGUUUUUUUUUUAUUAUGUCUUUUUCUUCUUUUUGUAAUGUUUUAUUAUCAUUAAUAAAAUAUAUCUAUUUUUUCCUGAAUAAA